CGUGGCGCUCCUUGGUAACCGGAAGUUCUGCCGCGCUAUAAAGACUGAGUCUCUUUAAAACCCUUAUUCCCCCUGCGCGUUUGUUUUUUUCCAGCCGUUCUCCCUAGCCAUCGACCGUCGCGCCGCUUGGGAACCGGAAGUUCUGCGGUUCCUAUGUCCCCCAUCCAUGAAAUGUGGCGCCGCUUGGGAACCGGACGUUCUACGGUGCUAUGGAAACGGAGUCUCUUUGGUACCCUAUUCCCCCCUGUGCGUUUGUUUGUUUCUUUCUCUCGGUCCAUGGACGGCGGCGGCGCUUGGGAACCGGAAGUCCCCCUGAGGCGCCAUUGAGGCCGCGCCCCUUUGGCGCGCCCCUCUCGUCUUCCGGUCAAGAUGGCGGCGGUUCGCAUGCUGGUCCUGCGCUCGGGCCUAGCGGGCCUGCGCCCGUGGGCGGCCUCCUCCGCUCGCUUCAUGUCCUCGUCGCCUUCGUUCCAGUUCGUGGAGGUGGAGCGUCGCGGGGCGGAGGGGAGCGUGGCGGUGGUGGCGCUGAACCGCCCGACGGCGCUGAACGCGCUGAGCGAGGCGCUGAUGUCGGAGCUGGGCCAGGCGCUGGAUGCGGCGGAGCGGGAGGCGUCGGUGGGCGCGCUGGUGCUGACGGGGCGCGGGCGGGCCUUCGCGGCGGGCGCCGACAUCAAGGAGAUGCGCGGGCGGCGCUUCCCGGACUGCUACCGCGAGGACUUCCUGGCCAACUGGGACCGCCUGGCGCGCGUGCGCAAGCCCGUGGUGGCGGCGGUGAACGGGCUGGCGCUGGGCGGCGGCUGCGAGCUGGCCCUUAUGUGCGACGUGGUCUACGCCAGCGAGGAGGCCCAGUUCGGCCAGCCCGAGAUCCUUCUGGGCACGCUGCCCGGCUCCGGGGGCACGCAGAGACUCGUCCGCGCCGUCGGCAAGUCCCUGGCCAUGGAGAUGGUGCUCUCCGCGCGGCGCCUCUCCGCACACGAGGCGCUCCAGGCCGGCCUCGCCAGCCGUGUCUGCCCGCAGGCCGAGCUCCUCGACCAGGCCGUGGCCCUCGCCGAGCGCAUCGCCCGCUGCUCCCAGGUGGCCACCACCAUGGCCAAGGAGGCCGUCAACGCCGCCUUCGAGGUGGGCCUGGCCGAGGGCUGCCGCCUCGAGAAGCGCCUCUUCCACGCCUCCUUCGCCACCCGCGACCGCCAGGAGGGCAUGGACGCCUUCGCCGAGAAGAGGGAGCCCCGCUUCACCCACCAGUGAGCCUCUCAGGGGCCCUGUUCUCCUCUCAGGUGUCACCAGAGGCCUUCAAGGGAACACCGAACCACGGCCUCCUCUCCUCCAGGAACCAGAGGGCCGGCAGCAAGAUUUCUAAUCACAGACAGUUAAUUAGAAGCUGUAAUUGUUCCUAAUCCAUUUCAAAGCAGCGUUUGUUUGGGGGGUACCCGCACCUGAAGGAUGGCAUCUGUGCAGGUUGGAUGCCUCUAAGAAGGGAGCCCUGCAUUAUCCAGUUGCUUUAAAGCAGGCAUGAGCAAACCUUGGGCCCUGAAGGGGAAAAGGCCUCAGGCUGUUAGGAAUGGUGGGAGUUGAAGCCCAAAACACCUGCAGGGCCCAAGUUUACCCAUGCCUGCUUUAAAAGCACUGCCUCUUCUUUCACUAAGAGACAGAGCCAUCUCAUGAAUACAACGGAUGCCGUUCUAAUAAUUGGUUUUUGGUUAAUUGGGAGUUAUUACUACUGUACUUCAGGCGCAGGCAAAUUUUGGCCCUCCAGGUGUUUUGGACUUCAAUUCCCACAAUUCCAAACAUACUGCCUUCAGUUAGGAAUUAUGGGAAUUGAAGUCCAAAACAACUGGAGGGUCAGAUUUGCCCAUGUCUGCUGUACUAAAUCUCUUAAGAGAGUAUUUGGAGAAUGCCUCAUCAGAUGGUGGCUUGCCUCUACCAGCAGUCAACAGAUACCAACAAGGGGCAGCUUUCUCACUUGCACAUUUUUGAUAAAUUUGCAUUCUGAGGUGCAAAAAUAGUCUGUUCAUUGGUUGUUGUUUGUGUGCAUGUUUGUUUGUAUGCAUGCAUUCAUGAUGGUAACAUAGGAUAGGCUAAAUAAGCUUUAAUUCAUUUUAUUGAGGCAAAUCACACAUUUGGAAACAAGGUAUUUGGAGACUAAAAAUUUGGGCCCACAUUUGUAUAUGUAACUAUUUGUUCUUUCAGUCUGAUCCAUUAUGCUUAGCCUCUGGUUUCCUGCAAAUUUGCCUAGGAAAUAAAAAGAGAGAAGUAAAAUUCCAUCCCAAUGAACCAUUUUCAAAAUUUGAAAGUAUCAGUGAGAACUUGUAAAAACUGUAGAUAUACUAACUUAAAGAGAAAACAAAAUGCUAUUCUAUGGGGAAACCAAAGAAAACUGGAAAAAAUAACUGUAAAAUCUAGCAGAAAUUAAGAAGUCUGAUAUUGUGGUGACAAUUCCCACAUUAAUUUAAGACGGUCGUUCACAAUAUGGAAAUGCAAAAAGAGAACAUAUUCUCAUAUGGAUAUUACUGUUAUUGGACUUGCACCUGAGCAAACAUGCUUUGCUUUGUGUUGGUUUUCUGUCUUUCAUAGAAAUACAAUUUCCAUGGGCAAACUGUUAGUACCCAAAUUAAACAGCUGUACCAAAAUGAAUACCAGUAAAUUUGCAGGAUAUUUUCCCAAAUGGGACUGAUUCAGGAAAGAAUGAUUAACAUGUAAAACAGAACAUACCUUUUAUUUGCAGGGUCCUUCUUUUUUUAUGCCAAUCAGUUUUCUAGAUGGCCUGAAAUAGAGUGGUUUGUAUGAAUGGUAUGAAAAUGUAUGCUACCUUACAGAUCUGUGGCCAUACCAAGUUACAUGCAGGAAUUGCUGGAACUCUAUGUUUCAAAUAUUUCUAUGUCCACCUUUUCACUGUAUGCUCACUAGAGCAGUUUAUAGUGAAAUAACUGAUUAAGGGAUAACCAAACAUAAAUACACAUUCUACAUUAAUUAAUCUAUAUAUAUAAAAGAGUGAUGGCAUCACGGCAAUUCACAAAACAACAAAAGUACAGGCCCCCCAACCUCAAAAUUUGACAACACAACCCAUCAUCCACGCCUCAAGGUUGAUACAACAAAAAGAAAAGAAAAAUAAAGUCCUAAUUAGAGGGAGAGCAAUAAUUUUUUUAUGCAAUUGCUGCCAGUUUAGAGGGCUAAUCUCUGCCCACUUGGUUGCCUAGCAACCAAGGGACAGCCAGGUUUCAGUUAGGGGACAGGCAGAUUUAGGCCUCACUUAGACUUCUUCCACAGAUUAUCUAAUUUGCACUGGAUUAUAUGGCAGUGUAGACUCAAGGCCCUUCAACACAGCUAUAUUACCCAUUUAUAAUCUUAUAUUAUCUGCUUUGCACUGGAUUAUCUUGACUCCACACUACCAUAUAAUCCACUUCAGUGUGCAUUUUAUACAGCUGUGAAGAAGGGGCCUCAUAUAAUCCAGUUCUAAGCAGAUAAUUUAAGAUUAUCAAUAUACAGUAGAGUCUCACUUAUCCAACGUAAACAGGCCGGCAGGAUAAGUGAAUAUGUUGGAUAAUAAGAAGGGAUUCAGGAAAAGCCAAUUAAACAUCAAAUUAGGUAAUCGUUAUACAAAUUAAGCACCAAAACAUCAUAUUAUACAACAAAUUUGACAGAAAAAGUAGUUCCAUGCGCAGUAAUGCUAUGUAGUAUUUACAGUAGAGUCUCGCUUAUCCAACGUUCUGGAUUAUCCAACGCAUUUUUGUAGUCAAUGCUUUCAAUAUAUCGUGAUAUUUUGGUGCUAAAUUCAUAAAUACAGUAAUUACUAUAUAGCAUUACUGUGUACUGAACUACUUUUCUGACAAAUUUGUUGUCUAACAUGAUGUUUUGGUGCUUAAUUUGUAAAAUCAUAACUUAAUUUGAUGUUUAAUAGGGUUAUCCUUAAUUCCUCAUUAUCCAACAUAUUCGCUUAUCCAACGUUCUGCCGGCCCGUUUAUGUUGGAUAAGUGAGACUCUACUGUACUGUAUUUACAAAUUUACCACUAAUAUAUCACAAUGAAUUUAAAACACUGACUACAAAAACAUUGAUUAUGAAAAGGCAGACUGCGUUGGAUAAUCCAGAACAUUGUAUAAGCAAAUGUUGGAUAAGUGAGAUUCUUCUUUAAUAUGAAAUAAUUACUGGGAUAGAAUAAUGCAGAACAAUAUAAUCUCUAAAACCAGGACAGUAAAUAAACAGGGGAAUUCCACACAGGAAACAAUCGGGGCCAGCUAACACCUCCCAACAAAGUAUUCCCAUCAUCAAAGUCUGGCAAAUUCUGUUUUCUCAGGGCCACAGACAGUAGAAGCACAUAAAAUAUCGCAAACAACACCACUCUGAAAACAAGGGAAUUCCAAACAGGAAAGAAUCAGGGCCAGCUAACACCUCCCGACAAAGUAUUCCCAUCAUCAAAGUCUGGAAAAUCCUCUGUUUUCUCAGGGCCACAGACAGUAGAAGCACAUAAAAUAUCGCAAACAACACCACUCUGAAAACAAGGGAAUUCCAGACAGGAAACAAUCAGGGCCAGCUAACACCUCCCAACAAAGUAUUCCCAUCAUCAAAGUCUGGAAAAUCCUCUGUUUUCUCAGGGCCACAGCCAGUAGAAGCACAUAAAAUAUCGCAAACAACACCACUCUGUAAGCAAGGGAAUUCCAGACAGGAAACAAUCAGGGCCAGCUAACACCUCCCAACAAAAAAUUCACUCAGGGAGGAAACAGCCAGGCUUUAAAGCUGCAAGGCCAUUACAUCCUAAUCAUUUUUCCUAAUUGCAGCAUUCAUACUUGCCUCCAACAAACAAAAAAAACCAAUCAGAAAUAUUGUAUAUUCACAACCUUUAGGAAAUAAUAUCCCCUGAUGGCGCAGCGUGUUAAAGCGCUGAGCUGCUGAACUUCUGGACCGAAAGGCCACAGGUUUGAAUUGGGGGAGCGGAGAGAGCCCCCACUGUUAGCCCCAGCUUCUGCCAACCCAGAAGUUCAAAAACAUGCAAAUGUGAGUGCAUCAAUAGGUACUGCUCCGGUGGGAAGGUAACGCCGCUCCAUGUAGUCAUCCCACAUGACCUUGGAGGAGUCUACGGACAACGCCGGCUCUUCGGCUUAGAAAUGGAGAUGAGCACCAACCUCCAGAGUCAGACACGACUGGACUUAAUGUCAGGGGAAAACCUUUACCCUUGACCUUAACUACCACCAAUUCCUCAAUACUUUAUUUCCCAUACCACCAUACUUCGCCACAGCAACGUGUGGCCGGGCACAGCUAGUACACAAUAAAAGUACUAUAGACUUCCACUUAUGGCACAGACAGAGGAGAGGGAAGGGAUGCUGUGGUUUUUGUUCUCAACCUCUUCAGGCUCUGGCCCACAAUGCAUAUGGUCUCUACCAUAUGGGAAGGACUCAUGUAGUCCGUCAAAAGUUGCUGGACUUCUAAAACUUCUGGGAGUUGUAACCAUAUUAUUUUAAUCACUGCUCUAAAGCGGGCUUCAUAGAUACUUGUCUAUAUUUAUGGCCUAGCCAGAAUUUUACAACAAAAUAAAAACUUGCAUUUGACUAAGAGCUUUUAUUUCCUUCCUAGUUGGCUCAAGUUAAGGGAAUGUGUCCCAAUUGCUGUGUCUUGGUGGAUCAAAGACUUAGGUGAUGUGGAAGACUUAGUGACUGGAAGCAGCUGACUAAAAUGGACCAAGGAAAGGAGUGGAUUUCUGUGUUUCAAUAAUUUUUGGGAAGCCAGUGAAACAACAGCAUUUACUGAACAGAUAAUAUAGUGGAGAACUUGGCAGCACCCUGCAGACAUUAGAAACACCCCUCCAAUUGGCUGUGCUAUUUUAGUCAAUUCAAAAGUAAUAGACACCGAAGUAAGGCUAUUACUGACCAAUGAUAUCCAUCAAGAGAUGUCUUAUUUUGCAACCGACUUCAGGCCUGAGGACUGCCUAAGUAAAAAUUUCCCUGAGAAAUCCAUAUCCUCUCUCAAUGGGUUCUGGUGAACCUAUUGAGAGGAAUGGCCAUGUUCAGCAGCCUGGAGUGGAGAGAGCUAGCCAUUGUUUUAUUUCCCUCAGUGCCCCAGAGUUUUCUCGUGUUGGGAGUGACUUGAGAAACUUCAAGUCGCUUCUAGUGUGAGAGAAUUGGCCGUCUGUAAGGAUAUUGCCCAGCCCUAUCCUCUCUCAAUGAGUCCUGGUGAGCUUAGUAAAAGGAAUGACCAUGUUCAGCAGCCUGGAGUGGAGAGAGCGAGCCAGUGUUUUAUUUCCCACAGUGCCCCAGAUAUUUUUUUUCUCCUGUCAGGAGUGACUUGAGAAACUGCAAGUCGCUUCUGAUGUGAGGGAAUUGGCUGUCUGCAAGGACAUUGCCCAGGAGACGCCCAGAUGUUUUUCCAUUCUGUGGAAAGCUUCUCUCAUGUCCCCGCAUAAGAAGCUGGAGCUGACAGGGGAGCUCACCCCACUCCUCAGAUUCGAACUGCCAACUUUUCGGUCAGCAGUCUUACCGGCACAAAGGGGGCUCCAGUGCCCCAAAGCGAUGUUGCGGGAGGGAGUUGAAAUGGCUAGAUCAAACUACCUGCAUUACCUAAAGUGCCGUUACCUAAAAACUACCUGCAUUACCUAAAAGAUGCAUCUUUUAAGAUACUAGGCUCAGAGUAGGCGGUAGUUAUAAUGUUAGCUUGAUCAAAACAAUGAGACCCUGACUUGUGCCUAAGGAUGCCAAGCGUUUCACUUGCCAUGUGUCUGUGCUAGAUCAGGAAAAGACCAUACUUUAUGAGGCCAAGUGGAAGUACCAAUUGCCUUUCUCAUACAGCAGGUAUAUAAUGAGUUUUAACUUAAGUUUAUGUUAAACUUACCAAAUUUCUGCACACAAGAAGCAUGUGUUGGCAUACGUUUUGCCAUCAGUGCCGCACAAAGGGUUAUAUAAUCGGGGACAGAGUACUAUGUUGCCAUUUGGUGGUUCUGUAAACCUACUGCAGUCAACCUAUAAAUGCAUUCCAGACAAUGUAAAUAAAUGCAGUUUAAUGGACAUUAUUUUUGAGCAAGUUUUGUUAACCAGAUACAUCAAGCUGGGAACCACAAAUAUUUGCAGAGGAUACCUACAAGACUUUUGCUCCUCCUGCUUUCACAUCCCCUUCACCGGACUUCAAAAAAGAUAAAUAAAUAGGGCCUAGAAUGAACUCUCCCUAAAAGCCAAGAUGAUGCAACUGAGGCUGCCGUACUUUGGCCAUGUCACAAGGACAAAGGACUUACUAGAAAGGUCAGUAAUUCUUGGUACAGUGGAGAGCAAUAGGAAAAGAGGAAGACCACUUUCUAGAAGAUUGGACUCAAUCAAAUAAGCCAGUGCCCUGAGUCUGCAAGACUCAUAGGGUCACCAGAAGUCAAAGUUGAGUUGAAGGCAAUUAACAAGAACCAUAAAUCCAUUGGGACCUACUAAAUCUUGGGAGUCCUUUCAGAGUGAGAGCACAGAAAAGCAUUUUCUUUUUGUCUUACUCUUCCCACUAGAUGGCAAAUAAUUGAAAGGGGACAAUAAACACAACACAAACAAUUGUUUAGUCUACAUCCAGGGCCGGCCCCACCAUCGAGGCCACGUGAGGCGGCCGCCUCGGGCGCAGGUCCCCAGGGGGCGCCGUUAGGCUUCCCCCGCCCCAGCGGGGACCAUGGGCUCGCUUGCCGGUGAACAGGAAGGCCUGUUUGGCGACGAGUGAGCUCCACAUGGCCACUGCCGGCUGGGCAAGGCCAGCCAGGCCAGGGCGCACUGGGCGGGAGGCGGGGCACCGUCAGGGCGGUGCCCCGCCUCCCGCCCAGCGUGCCCUGGCCCCGCCUCUCACGCAGCGUGGGAGGUGGGGUCAGGGCGAGUAGCACGGGAGGCGGGGCCAGGGUUGGCCCCGCCUCCCGCGCUACUCACCCUCGCCCGUCUGGCCUUUUCCAGCUGGCCAGACUGCAGCAUAGGUCCCUCCAGGCCGUGAGAGGCGGGGCCAAGCGCGAGCAGUGCGGGAGGCGGGGCCAGGGUGCGGGAGGCGGGGCCCGCCGGCGCCGCGGGAGGCGUGGCCAUGUGCCUCCCGCGGCACAUGGCCACGCCUCCCGCGGCGCCGGCGGGGGGGGCGCUUUUCCCCACCCCUGCUUAAUAUUUUAAAUUAUCUCCGGCCGGCCCUGUCUACAUCCUUAGUAAUAUGGAAUAGUUUCUAUUUCAAAUUAAAUAAGAAUGAUACUUACGCAUUCUCCUUUGAAAGCCAAGUUUAUUUUGGCGCCAACUCUAGAAAAAUAAACCUGGGUUACUUAAGAAACUGGCCAAAUGUGUGAGGCAUUUAGAAACGAAGUAUAAGAUGGAGUUCAAUGUGACAAUACACAAUAUUGGGUAUUUAUUUUCAAAGGUAAGUCCCCUAGAUGCUCCCAGGUAAAUAUGCAAAGGAUAGCAUAUUAAAACAUACCCCUUGCCUUGCAACAUUUUUUUCUUUACAACAGAGAUGAGCAUGUAGUGGACCUGCUGCAUUAUUUGACUGUAAUUCUUAUCAUCCCCCAUGAUUGGCUUGUUUGCUACAGCUGCUGGAACUUGCAAUCCAACUUCAUGAGUUGUCAGUUCCAAUCUACUUGAAAUAAAACAUCUCAACUGUUAUUUAAGAACAAUUUUCAGAAGGACAUAUUCAAACUUCUCUAUUAUGUUUGUUCUUCCAAUUGUUUGACAGUUUUGUAGAUGAGACUUUUGUACUGCAAUUGUUCUGCCUUAAUUGCGGCUCUCCAGGUGGUAUUAUCUUUAGUUUUUAGUUGUUGUGUUACUCUCUUCUACAUUGUUUAUUUUGCUAGAAAAUUUAAUCUGUCUAGAUGGAUUGCUGCAUAAUCUUUACUGAUUGCUUGGGCAAACCCACAGUCUUCAGUCAUCCACCACAAACUUCAAUAGCACUUUGUAAGGUCAUUCAUUAAGGUUGCAGCAUUUCAUGAUCUGGACCCAUGUGUCCAGUUUAUAUGGGCCAUCUUGAAGGAGGAGAGAAGAGUUCAAAAUUUCUAGUUUUCAUGGGUUCAGCUCAAGCAGGAAGAAAACUCACUUUACUACAUUCUGGAGAGGUUCAUUGAUUUGAUGAGGAUGGGUUCACAAGGCCAGACACAAAAAGUUGAGUUAAAGAAAAGCCUCUUUAUUGAUGUAAUUAUAUUGUAACAAGCCUGGACAAGGCAAGAGGGGGAAUGUACCAGAUGUGGGUUCAGCUGAGGCCCAAUGUCUACCCUUGACCACCUCCUCUACCUUCCCUUCGGCAAAGCACCUGACCCAGAGGGAAGUCCAAUUGUGUGGCUGAAAUUUGUAGGGUUCUAUAUAUUUACUUAGUUAAUUUUGUCCUGUCCUCAGUUGUAGUGCCAAGUGCCAGAGCUUACCAACUGUACACUCACAUUCUGGCUAGAUGCAAGUAGGUUAGAAGAAAUGUCCUUCUCACUUUAAGUGAGUGAGAAGGAAACAUCCCCUCAUUUGAUAUUGAUCGUGAAAGAGCCCUUUUAAGUGAGGGAAUAUCUAAACCACAGAAUUAAGGCAGUAUGACACAAUUUUAACUGCCACGGUUCUAUGUUAUGAAAUUCUGGAAAUUGUAGUUUGGUGAUGCAUCAGCACUCUGGCAGAAAAGGCUAAAGGCCUUCUAAAACAACAUAUACCUGCCUUCCAUAGCAUUACGCCAUGGCAGUUAAAGUACUGUCAGACUGCAUUAAUUCUACACAUCCCAAGUCUUGAUUUCCAGAAUAUUGUGUGGGAGAUAAAGAGAGAAAACUUGAUGACAUUGCUCAGAGCAACUGUGGCUGGCAUUUAAUGUAUAACCCUUAAGAUGCAUGUGCUAGUAAUCUCAAGGUUGGACUUCUGCAAUAUGCUAUACAUUUGACUACCUUUGUAGCAAGUUUGGAAACUCCAAAUAGUUCAAAAUAUGGCAGGUAAAUUGAUUAUGAGAACAUCUAGAAGUGAGCAUAUUUAUACCUAUUCUAAAGUCACUUGCAACAAGGGCUUGCAACAAGCCUGAUCUGGAAUCCCUGCCAUUUAUCAUAUUCUGUUUUUUAAAGUCUGCAAUGCAAAAAUGUUUAUGUAGAUAGAUGUGUUGUCCUUGAACAGAUAUAUUCUUUCUGAUUUGAACAGUGAACAUCCAAACAUCCUCAGUUUACUAAUUUGAUGUUUUUGUGACCAAAAUCUACCUGCUGUUAGUCCUAACUGGAGAAGAUGUAACAAAUCAAUGGAGCUUACCUAAAUGUUGGCUUGCUGUAUUUUAUUAAUGGAUGAAUGAGAUUAUUUUAUUCUGUUUUAAUAUGAUAGUUUUUAAUUGUUUUACAUUGUUAUUUUUAUAUAUUUGUUGGUUAUUUUUGUGAGUUCACUCCAGGAAAAAAGCAGCAUAUCAAAUAAAUUCAUGUGUGUGCGUGUGAGUGUGUGUCUAUCAGAGCUUCUUCUUCCUGCUGCUGUUCCUGCGGUAUAUACUUUUGGCAAUCAAGCUGCAGAGUAAUAGCAAUAAAAAAAGAUUAGAAUACAUACAACCACAUUUCAGGAAAACUGUUUUUGCCCACAAGACAGAAAAGACCCCAAUUCCUUCUUAAUUGGUAAUAUACUAUUUUAUGAUUAAGUGCCUUUACUCAGUCUGCUGGAAGGAAUACUCCAUCCACAUCUUGAGGGCCACAUUUUUCUCCUUAACACAAAGCGUAAUAUGUUUUUUCAGGGGUAUAUUUAAAACAUAGCUUAAAGAACUCCUUGUAUCAGCUUAGUUAAAAUAGUGUUUCAAUAAUUGAACAGAUACAUGACAUAAUGAAAGAUUGUGUUAUGGGAAGUAUUGUUUGAUCUGUUUUUCCUUCAGAUUAUCCCACAAAGGAUCAAACCUGUUAAAUAAGAAUUGAAAUUGCUCUAAACCUCCCCUCCCCCUUAGAAAAGGAUUCUUUUACAAGCUUUAAACAUGAUCUUUGAAAGUGUGUUUUUCAAAAUAAAAAAGAUCAGAAACACAUUUCAUAAUGUCUGUGUAAAAGGACUGAAAGUGUCCAGCAACAUUCAUGUCUACUCAGAAGCAAGAUCUGUUAUGUUCUGUGGGGUUUAAUGCUUUAUUACUGCCUUAUGAAAUUCCAGCAUUAACAAUCCUUUUAUGUAUGGUUACAUCUCUUUCUAUGAUUCUUUCAGCGCCAACUUUCAUGUUUUGUUUUAUGAAUUUCUGAACCGUGUUACAACCCUAUGGCUAAAUUCAGUCUAUACUUGCCUGUGCAAGCAAUUGGACUGCUUCAAAAUGACAGUUACAAAAAUGUGAAUUUACCUUAUGUGCUGAAGUCCCUGAACCUGAAAAUAAAAUUCAGAAAAGCAUUACAACACCAUUGAGAAGUGUUUGGGAUAUCUCACAAGUAUUUUGGAUAUUUCACUUGAGAGGCAAACGGUCUUUAGAUUUAGUAAUCUGGAUGGGCUGUAUUAAAACAAGAUGAAUCCCUUAUAUGUGUCACGUCAGAUCUCAAAACAGGAACACCACCACCCAAAAUGAAUCCAAAAUUUGUGUAUCAUUCUAUCAAUGAUGUAAUUUUGGAAGUUCAAUAGGAUGUUUAUUAUUUAUUUAUUUACAGCAUUUAUAUUCCGCCCUUCUCACCCCGAAGGGGACUCAGGGCGGAUCACAUUACACAUAUAGGCAAACAUUCAAUGCCUUUUAACAUAGAACAAAGACAGACACACAUAGGCUCCGAGCGGGCCUCAAACUCAUGACCUCCUGGUCAGAGUGAUUCAUUGCAGCGAUUCAUUGCAGCUCCUCUCCAGCCUUCACCACAGCCCGAGCUAUUGUUUUUCAGUCCCUCAUAAAUGUAGUUUCCUCCUGCUUGGCCAGUAGAUAUAUCUGCCAUUGAUUAUCAAACAAAGUAAGGAAACUUACUCCUUUGUCAAUGAGUCUUUCGAAGUUUUUUCUCCCAUGUUAGAGGACUAUCAUGGACUUUUACCAUUAUUGAUGGCAAAUCAGGAAAAGGAAACAGCUUUUAAUUUACAAGCUUCCUUUGACUUGCACCAUUAUCUUCCUUUAUGGCAUCACCACCAGAGUGCAAUAGCAAAGCAACAAUGGUGCUGGAAGUUUCCAGGGUAUCUAGCAAAGGUGUUCCUUAUAGGACCAGUAGUGGAGAUGCAUGUCUUUUAAUAUUUUCAUAGGCCACCUUCCUAAGAGCAUAAGAUUGCUCCAUAGACCCAAUAUAUAAAAGAUUUACAUGUACUUUUAAAUUAUGGCCCUGUAAUGGUAGAUCUGAACUGAUGGCCAGUAUGGUUAGAUCUUAUAGUAAAGAAGACUCAGUGUUAGACAAAUUUUAAACAGCAUUCAGCAACCAGAAAUUCUUACCAAUGUCAACUUCAAACAAUUCUUAUUUUGGAUGUAUGAUCGGGUAUCGUAUAUACUUGAAUAUAAGCCGACCCGAAUAUAAGCCGAAGGAGGAGGCGGGAAAAGCAUGCGUGGGGCGAGUGAGGCAGGAAAGGCACGCACCUUUCCCUCCUCCCUCGCCCCAUGUGCUCCUUCCUUGGCGGUGGGGGCAGCGGGAAAGGUGCAUGCAGGAUGAGGGUGGAGGGAAAGGUGGGUGCCUUUCCCUCCUUCUCCCUCAUGCCUCACAUGUGGAGGAGGGAGUUGCGGUGGCAGUGUUUUCCCUCAGCCUCACUCUCUUUGCCCCUUGUCCUGCACGCACCUUCCUUGACAGUGGCAGGGUUUGUUUGCGGCCUUGCUGACUUCCGGGCUCGGAAGAGGGAAAUGCGCACUGGGGGCAACGGAGAAGGAAAGAUGAGGGUCCUGGCGGGAAGGCGUGUGAGAAGGGCUCUUUUUUUCAGCACCUCACCUUCUUGUCAGGACCCUCACCCGACUAUAAACAGGGGAGUUUUUCAGCCUUAAAAAGGGGCUGAAAAACUCAGCUUAUAGUCGAGUAUAUACGAUAAUAGGAAUGGUUAUACCUUUAGAAAUAAUUAUUACAAUCAACUAAAGUAAAAGAAUAGAAAGUUAUCACAAUUUUCAUUCUUAUGUACAGAGAAAAUGAAAUUUAUAAUAUGUCCCUAAUGUGUGGAGCCUUGAAGGUGGCAGAGCAGUGGAAAGAAGUCUUACCCAGAAAGAAGCAACAGCUCACAAGGGAAAAGAUCACAGGGAUGGUGGUUAUCUUCAUGGUUAAGGAAGGCAGUCUUCUCUCUGGAUUCAGCUGUGGCUUUGUGCUUCUCUGUCUGAUAGGUUUUUGACACGCUUGAGAGAACAUUUAUAGUAUUCUAUCUACAAAUGCCAUCUUAUUAUUUACUGUUAUCACAAGGAUUUCUGAUGAUCCACGUUCUUAAACAAUUUUAUUUGGGGCAGAGGUGAAGCAAGAGGAAUGCUAGUUUUCUUCAUGUCAGAUAUUAUCUCAGAAAAUUGACAAAUUGUGUGUGUUUGCAUGAAGUGUUUGUGGGUGAGGGGAGACAUCCUACCAAAGGAGACAUCCUACCAAGGAGUGACUAAAGAGGGAGGAAGUUAUUUAUUCCCCUAUAUCCCAUGACAUGUACCAUGGAAAAUUGGAGGGGUAGGAGCCAACUGGAACAGUGUGAAGUUGGCAGUGUGAAGUUCCAGGAGCUGAGGAAAAUGCAUAUAUUUUUACUUUUCUAAUCCUCCCCUUUUGGGCAAGGUUGUGGAGUGAGUGGUGUCUUCUGAACUCCAGGGAUUCUUGGAUAAAACCUGAUUAUCUUGAUCCAUCACAGUCUUGUUUUAGGCCUGGUCAUGGAACAGAGAUGGCUUUGGUCACCUUGGUGGAUGACCUCCACAGAGAGCUAGACAGGGGAAGUGUGUCCUUUUUGGUUCUCUUGGAUAUCUCAGUGGCUUUCAAUACCAUCGACCUUCUGGGGCGGCUUUCCAGAAUGGGGCUUGGGGGCACUCCGCUCCUUCCUGGAUGAUCGCACCCAGUUGGUGAAGCUGGUGGACACCUGCUCGGAUCCCUGACCAUUGACCUGUUGGGCCCCACAAGGUUCCAUUGUAUCCCCCAUGCUGUUCAAUAUCUACAUGAAACUGCUGGGUGAGGUCAUCCGGAGUUUUGGAGUUCAAUGCCAUCUGUAUGCAGAUGACACACAAUUCUACUACUCCUUUCCACUGAAAUCCAAGAACCUAAUCAUCAUCAUCAUCACUUUAUUCUUGUAUCCCUCCACCAUCUCCCAGAAGGGACUCAGGCCAAUUUUACAAUAAGCACAAGAUGCCUAAAAACAGAACAUAAAAUAAAACACAAUUUAAAAUACAAUUGAAUAAAACAUAUAGGCAUAUAAAACAACUUAAAACUCAAUCAAAACAGCGCUCAUUAGUCCUGUUCCCAUAUUUCCCAUAUUUGCUAGUUGGGCUGAUGUCCUAUACCAUUUCCAGAUACAUUUCCUUUAUAACUCUUUAUACUCGUCCAAUUUAAUUUUCUGCUUUGAACUGAAUUACCUGAGUCCACACUGCCCUAUAUUCCAGUUCAAAGCAGAAAAUGUGGGAUUUUAUCCAGCUGUGUAGAAGGGGCCUUAGUCUUACUUUCCUCUAUAGUUUGUUUUGUGAGUCAUCUUUCAUUCUACCAUUUAUUUUGUAUACAUUUUACUAUAUAUUCAUCAUCUUUUAUCAUCAUUUUAUAUAAUUCUCCUACUAAUCAUUUCUCUGUUUUCUGUCCUCUCAUAAAUAUACUUUCCAACUUGCAUUUUUGCCUAGACAUUCCUCAUAUUCCGUUUAAAUUUGUUAUAUAGGCCUAAAACUUUUAACAAAUGUUUAUUUCCCACUUUUUCUAAUAUCCAACCCUUGGGAAUCUGUUGCCCAUUUAUGUCAUACAAAUCCUUAAUGCAAUAAUAGUUUUUGUCUUUCAUGUCUUUCCACCAUGUAGGGUCAAACUCCUUUUCAUAUAAGCUUUCUAAGGGUAUCUACGUUAAUAUUUCAGGCAUCCAAAGUGGUUGACAUUUUUUCUAUAUUUUAGUGCUAAUUUUCUAGGACCUCUUGGUUUUUUAAUACAAGCCUCUAGUUUUUUUUGUAAAUAUCCCAAAUUUUUACUCUCCAUUGUUUACUGCAUCUUCUAUACUACACAUUUUUUCUUCUCUCUCUAGUCUGCUUUCUAUCAAUGGCUUUAAUUGAAAUGCUUCGUAAUAUAAUUCCAGGCUUGGUAACCCCACCCUACUUCUUCCUGAUGCAUAUAGUGUACUUUAUUUGAGAUUCUAGGUUUCACUCAAGUUCCACUCUCUAAUAAUCCUGUUCCAAGUUUUACGUUGUCUUUGAUUGAUUUCUAGUGGGAUUACCUGGAAUAAUACAUUAAUUUUGGGAUUAAGAACAUUUUAGCUGCUUUUAUUUUAUUAAAAAUAUUUAAUUUUUUCCCUUCCAUAUUUUUAUGGUUUUAUGAACUUUUUUCAUGUCUCUUUAAAGUUACUCUUCAUAUUUUCUGUAUUUUUUUGUAUUGUCACGCCCAGGUAUUUCAUUUUUUUUCUUUUCCUAUACCUAUUCCUGGUAUUUUAUCUAUUUCCAUUUUUCUAGUCUAUUUACUUUGAAAUACAUAAUUUCUGAUUUCUUUAUAUUAACCCGCAAUCCUGUAUUUCUUUCAUAAUCACUUAGUAUGGUUUUAUUUCUCUUAUUCCUACUAGAGGUUUACUUAAUAACACCAAAAGGUCAUCACUAUAUGGAUUUAAUUUAAACUCUAAUCCCCGAUCAUAUCUCAAUGUAGAAACCUGCCAAGUGCCCAUGUCCUGAGAUCCUCAGGAGGGGCCCUUCUCUCAGUCCCACCUCUAUUGCAAACUUGGUUGGUGGGAAUGAGAGGGUUUUUUAGAUUUUAAAUUAUAUAUACUGCAUUGUUUUUAGUGUUAGCAACUUCAGUAAAUACGGUAAAGAGGUCAAGGUAAUUUUUACAGUUUCCAUUUCACAGGUUCCCCUUUGACAGAUUGGAAGGUACAGAGGCUACAGAUGGAAGAAGGAAGUUUCAAAAUGACUUGUUAUUUUCAUUUAUGGAAGUCUCCAUUGGCUCUAAAAUUCUACAACAGGUGAAUCAUUUCCACUGAGUCCAAAUGAUGGUUUACCCUAUGAUUACCAGAGACAGUCUCCAUUCUAUUCUCCGUAAAUCUCAUGGUCUUGUGCACACCAGCAUAUUGAUCCACAAGUUAAUGAAUGUUAAUUUAGUCAAUCAAAUAUUUCUAUUAGUGCUGAAAAAAAUUAGUAAGCUUUAUGGCAGUUUAAAAAAACUUGCAUAUAUGCCCACAUUCAAAUGGCCGAAGAGGGCUUCCAGAAGCUCAAGUACUCUUUACCUCUCAACUGCUUACCUCUCAACUGUUUCGAAGAAGGAACUAUUGGCGAUCAAGGCCACUUGACUUGGUGACACUGACUGGAAGGGGCCUGUCACCCGGUGGAGGUGCACAUAGGUCAUCACAACUUGGAAUAUUUACAGUCAUUGCGAAAGCUGAACUAGCGACAACAGCGCUGGGCUUUGUUAUUGCAUGUUUUGACUUCCGGGUCCAGUACGUGAUUCCAGCACAGACAAAGCAAGUAGAUGCUUUGUUGCAAAAACUGGAAUACUCCCGAUACCAGGAGGAGACCCCCGAGGCUUUUGCUGUAGUGGGUGCUGCCAUGGAAAAUAAGGUGAGCCAUCUAGAGGCCACAGGCACUGCCAAGACCACAGCCACUUUGAGUUCUUCUCUGGCUGAUAAAAUUCGGACUUGGCAAGAGUCAGAUCUGUGGGUUCAGAAACGUUUUGAGUGUGAUUAGAUUUAAUUAUAUCCGUGCGUAAAUACAUUAAUUUUCCAUUAGCCUCCUUGCAAAAACUACACGUUAUAGAAAAAUAAACACAGAUCUUAAUUAAGCAUAAACAUCUCUAAAAGAAUUACCUAAAAUUUUAUCUGAUAAAAAAAAUACUUGUUGGCUUGUGGCAGGCCCGUAGCCAGGAUUUUGUUUCGGGAGGAGCUGGGAUUUUGGUUCGGGGGAGGGGGGGGGCUGAGUCUGAGUGGGAGAGGGUCUACCCUAGCAAACCUUUUGUAUCGUUAUCCCAAUACCCCCAUGCCUAUGGGAUAUAUUGAGCAUGGUGAUUAGAUCAUGAUAUGAAUAAACAUAACAGUUUAAAUAAUAAAUAUAAGGCCUUCUUGCGGACCACCCUGAGAACUUUUUGGGGGGGGGGUUGAAGCCCCUCAACCCCCCCCCCCCCAGCUACAUGCCUGGCUUGUGGUUAAUUAGAUUCUAUUGGUAUCAGUGCGUAAAUGCAUUAAUUAUUUGAUUAGCCUCUUCACAAAAUGAUAGAGAAAAAAUAAACACGAAUAUGAAUUCAGCGCAAAAAACCUCUAUAAGAAUGACCUAAAAUUAUAUCUGAUGAAAAAUACUUUGUUGGUUUGUGUUACACAAAUAUGAUGCGAAAUGUGCAGACUUUGCAGUAGGCCACUGUAAUGUACCAUUCGUCAUAUUUUUUAAAAUUGAUACAAUGGGAAAAAAUAAAUACAUAUUUAAAGUCGGCAUAAAAUGGAUUUGAACUGUGCUUGUGUAAUUUCUGAUGAUUACAAAGAGUUUGAUUUUGUUGGCUUGUGUAACUGACUUCUGGUUAAUUGGGAGUUAUAGCCGUACUUCAGGCACAGGCAAAUUUCGCCCUCCAGGUAUUUUGGACUUCAACUCCCACAAUUCCUAACAGACUGCUCUCUGUUAGGAAUUUAGGGAGUUGAAGUCCAAAACACCUGGAGGGCCGAAGUUUGUCCAUGCUUGCUGUACUUAAUUUCCUCUACAACAGUGUUUAGAGAAUGCCUCAUCAGAUGAUGUCUUGCCCUGCACCUUCUCUGUGUGUUGGUUUGACCCUCAUAAUCAGCACUGACAGCCAUGCAAGAUGUAGGGAGUGUUUUUGUUUUGCCCACGCAUACAUAUCUGCUCAGGUUCUAAUGGAUAUUCAUCUACUUCUGAUGUUAAGGAAGAGGUGCCGAUGCUGUCUCUUGUUGAGGGUGUUAACUAUAUGCUUUGACAGGCUUGUGGCUAUGCUUGUGUCUGUUCUAGAGUCACACAUAGAUUGAUUGUCACUGGGAACAUCCUUCUAGUUUAGGGUGAAUCAAGCUAGCUGCCUUUACUGAUGUUCCCAAAAAAAAAAAAAAAAGAGUGAAAGCAAAACAAGGCUUGUGUCAGUUGAGAGAUUUAAAGUCUGUAAUGUCGAGCUUGUAGCCAAAAAUGCAUUGGGCAGUAGGUUUAGCCUUAAAGGUAUGUUGGUGGGAGCUUCUCAGUGCAAAAGGAAAUGUGAAUUAAUUAUGAUUGUGAGUAAAAUUCUUUAAUAAAAUUACACCAUUAUGAACA